CAGUGUUGGGAGUAACGCGCUACAAAAGUAACGAAAUUACAGUAAUGUAUUACAUUUUAGAAGUAACUUGCCCAACACUGCCCACCACUACAGGGUGGGCAAUCAGUAUAAAAACGGCUCCCAAAUGAACGGCUCGCAACUGCGAAUCGGUUUUCAUCGUUCACUUAAAAGAGUCGUUCAAAAGACCGACUCGUUAUUGAACGUCACAUCUCUAGUUCGGUCGGCCUUCCCUCAACACAAGGUAGCAUCUCAUGAUUCAUUCAACCAAACAGACUACAGCUGAAGACGGGCUAAACAACGGGCACACUACAAACUGGGGAACUAAGAGGCUGGGGGUCCAAAGUCAAAGGAGCAAGUGUCCCAUUGAUAGACGAAGCUAGCUAGCUUGUCAUGGCAGAUGUUGGUGAGGUUUUGAUGUCGGCUUUGUCCACAAUUCGGGUUCCGAAGCCCGGGGACCGUGUCCACAAAGACGAAUGCGCCUUGUCAUUUUCCUCGCCGGAAAGCGAGGGAGGCCUGUAUGUGUGCAUGAACAGUUUCUUGGGCUUUGGGAGUAAGUAUGUGGACAGGCAUCAUGCUCGCACUGGCCAGAGGGCUUACUUUCAUAUCACCCGGACUCGCAAGGCCAAGAAGGAAGAAGACAACAACUCUGGAUCUGGACACCCACCUAAGAAAAAGCCCACCAGAUUGGCUAUAGGGAUCGAAGGAGGUUUUGAUGUGGACCAGGAGAUGUAUGAAGAGGAUGUCAAGGUGGUCAUUUUACCUGACAGACAGGAAGUGACAUCGGAUGACCUCGCUACCAUGCCUGACGUUGUGAAAGAGCGUGUAUCCCUGUCCAUGGCUGGUAUCAUGACGGCUGAUUCAGUGUCUCAUGCCUUACAAGUUCAACAGUGGGACGGAGAGGUGAGACAGGAGUCACGGCAUGCUGCUGGUUUUAAACAGCUAGACAACGGAGUCAAGAUCCCUCCCAGUGGCUGGCGUUGUGAGGUGUGUGACCUGCAGGAGAACAUUUGGAUGAACCUGACGGACGGCAAAGUCCUGUGUGGUCGCCGGUAUUUUGAUGGCUCAGGGGGGAACAACCACGCCCUUCUCCACUAUCAAGAGACGGGAUAUCCUCUCGCUGUCAAACUCGGUACCAUCACUCCUGAUGGAGCAGAUGUGUAUUCCUAUGAUGAGGAUGACAUGGUGCUGGAUUCCAAGUUACCAGAGCACUUAUCUCACUUUGGCAUCGACAUGAUGACCAUGGAGAAGACCGAGCGGACCAUGACUGAACUGGAGAUUGCUGUGAACCAGCGUGUAGGGGAGUGGGAGGUGAUUCAGGAGUCGGGGACAACCCUCCGGCCCUUGUUUGGCCCUGGCCUGACUGGCAUGAAAAACCUGGGCAACAGCUGCUACCUCAACUCUGUCAUGCAAGUGCUCUUCACUGUUCCAGACUUCCAGAGCAAAUACGUGUCGAACAUCGACAAGAUCAUUGAUGAAGCCCCAAGCGACCCAACCCAGGACUUCAAAACCCAAGUAGCCAAGCUGGGCUACGGUCUGUUGUCAGGAGAAUAUUCCAAACCAGCACCAGACCCUGGAGAUGAGAAUGAUUCUACUGAACCCAGGGGAGACCAAAUUGGCAUUGCACCGAGAAUGUUCAAAGCACUUGUUGGGCGAGGCCACCCAGAGUUCUCCACCAAUCGACAACAGGAUGCUCAGGAGUUUUUAUUGCACUUCAUAAACAUGGUGGAGAGGAACUGUCGCUCUGGGUUGAACCCCUCUGAAGCUUUCAGGUUUCUGGUGGAGGAGAGGAUUGUGUGUCAGCAAUCACAAAAGGCCAAGUACACACAGCGGGUGGAUUACAUCGUCCAGCUACCUGUGCCCAUGGACCAGGCUACAAACACAGAGGAACUUCAGGAGGCAGAGCGCCGGCGCGAGGAGGGAGACACAUCAGCCCCUACAGUGCGCGCACAAAUCCCCUUCACAGCUUGCAUGGCGGCUCUCAGCGAACCAGAAAUCCUCACGGACUUCUGGAGCUCAGCCGUGCAGUCUAAGACUACUGCUACCAAAACAACCCGCUUUGCCUCCUUCCCUGACCACCUGGUCAUCCAGAUUAAGAAAUUCACCUUUGGCCUCGACUGGGUGCCCAAGAAACUGGACGUGAGCAUUGACGUCCCCGACACUCUGGACCUGAGCGCGCUGCGUGCAACCGGCCAACAGCCAGGAGAGGAGCUUCUACCAGAGGUGGCCCCGCCCCCACUCAUGACACCAGAUGUGGAGGUUAAAGCUCCAGUUCUGGAUGACUCCACAGUGUCCCAGUUAUGUGAAAUGGGAUUUCCUCUGGAGGCCUGCAGGAAAGCGGUGUACUACACUGGCAACACUGGAAUCGAUGCUGCCACGAAUUGGAUAAUGAGCCAUAUGGAUGACCCAGACUUCUCAGCCCCUCUGGUGUUGCCAGGCUGCAGCUCCGGCCCUGGGACCACACCCACAGAGAGCGUCUCCGAGGAGCACCUGGCAACCAUCGUAUCCAUGGGCUUCAGCAGAGACCAGGCAACAAAAGCACUCCGAGCCACGAGUAAUGUCCUGGACCGGGCAGUGGACUGGAUCUUCUCCCACCUGGACGACCUGGAGUCCAUGGAUGUGUCUGAAGGUGGUCGCUCAGCAGCAGAGAGCGAGGGUGGCAGGGAUCCUCCGCCUGGGCCACGCGUCAGAGAUGGACAAGGCAAGUACGAGCUGUUAGCGUUCAUCAGUCACAUGGGGACGAGCACGAUGUGCGGCCACUACGUCUGUCACAUCAAGAAGGAUCAGCAGUGGGUUAUCUUCAACGAUCAGAAGGUUUGUGCUUCUGAGAAACCUCCCAAAGACCUGGGAUACCUCUACUUCUACCGGAGAGUGGCUGAAUGAGACAAAAAGGAGCUCUACACUCUGGGUGAAGGCUGAGAAAUGUGGUCGCUAACACAAACACACACAUGACAGCAUUUAUAGUUGCACUCCACCAAGCUCUUACAAAUGCCCUGGCACGCUUCACAACUGACAAAAGUGUAAAUAAGUCUCUCAGACUGCAUAUACCGUAUCCACAGUUCAAUACAUGGGUGCAGAUGUACAGAUGAGGUGUUGGGGUGAGGGGAGAUUCUUCCUUUGAUCAAAUGAUAUAAUAAACCAUGGGCCUGUUCUUAGAAGUUGCUCCAGUUAUUUAUCUGGACAACAAAGCUUGGUAAACUGAGAGCCACCUGUAGUCUAGUAGAACUCCUGUUCUAGCUUAAAUUCAGCAGAUUUAUCCAGAUUAUUCAGUUUACCUGCCUCAGGGAACAGGCCUCAGACAUCAGAGUGACCGGCUGCUGAGUCCACUCACUCUUUAUUAAAAAGUUCCACCAAUUCACACCAUUAAUCCAUGUCCCGACUAUUGAUUACACUGCCAUCAGUAGUCACUGCCUCUCCUCAUCAACAUGUCGCUUCCUGCACACUCUUCUUUUAUCAGACGGUUGCACUUUGGUGUCACCUGUUUACCUCGGCAACACCUCUUCCGCUACCUAUCUCUGUGAGGAAAUAAAACUGUAAUCUCCCCGGUGAUAGGACAUGUCAGAAAAUCAAAUAAAUAGAAAUACAGCUCAAAUGUGUGUUACAAAAAAAAUGGAAAUAAAAAAGCGUAAAAACACCAAA